GAGGAAUACCACGAGGCGCUAUCGAAAGGAAGCGAUAACGGAGGAGUAGCGGCAAUAUUUGAUGAACUGCCAUUCGUGAAAAUCUUCCUUGCCAGAUAUUGCAACAAGUACCAAAUGGUAGGACCAACCUAUAAAACCGACGGGUUUGGCUUUGCCUUUCCAUUGGGGUCUCCUUUGGUCUCCCACUUUUCAAGGGCAAUCUUGAAUGUCACUCAAGAUAAGGAGAAAAUGGACGCGAUCGAAAGAAAAUACUUCAGCAGCCAAAGCUCGUGCCAAGAUCAGGAUGCUGCGAUCCUGUCGGACAAUCUUAGCCUGAGCGUGGACAGCUUCGGGGGCCUCUUCAUCAUCACCGGCGUCGUCUCGGCAUCCUCGGUGUUUGUAUAUGUGGCUUCUUUCUUCUAUUCUCAUUGGCCUCGCCCGAGCGCGAUUCGCCCCGGGAAUUCCUCCCUUCGGUCCAAGCUUUCGGAAACUGCGAUCAGUUUCUUUCAGGAGCACGGAUUAAUUGGUUUUUCGGAGAGAAAUAGAACGGAGGUUGUUCCGACAUCACGUUGUCGAAGUUGGGAAGGCUCUCCUAAUAGUGAUGUUGAACUGAUGGCGAGGAGACCAAACGAAGGACAGAGGCCAGUACUCAUUUUACACGUUUGAAUAAUGAAGAUCGUGUUUUAAGACAGGCUCAUCGAGCAUGAGAACGAUUAUCACAUCUAGCCUAAGUAUAUCCACAUUUUAGCA